UCCCCAAAUCCUGGACUGGUAGGGGGUCCUGAGGACUGGGUUGAGAACCCCUGGUCUAUAGUAUACAAGGUACCAACUAUCUCUCUAUCUCCUCCUCUGCAUUUUGAUGGUAAUUUCCAAGAAUGCCGGGGAUUCCUUAACCAAAUAGAGUAUCAUUUUGAGGCCUCACCGGGAUCUUUUCCCACAGACAGAGCUAAAAUUGGUUACCUGAUGAAUCAAUUAAAAGGUAAAGCUUUAGCUUGGGCCAAUCCAUUAUGGGAGAGUAAUAGGAGUGUGGCACACAAUUACCAGGAGUUUAUUACAGAAUUUAAACUUACGUUUAAACCAUUAGGCAGGGAGGAAGACGCCUCUACUGCCCUGAUGCAUAUCAGACAAGGGAACCGGUCUAUCUCGGAGUAUGCCAUAGAAUUUCGUACCCUAGCUUCCGAGGUAGACUGGACUAAUAGUGGGUUAAUCUCUGCAUUUAAAAGGGACUAUCUGAAACUAUGCUAGAUAAGAUUGCCGCCGAAGACUUACCCAAAAAACUUAAUGAAUUUAUCACUUUUGUCAUGCAAAUUGAUAAUAGAUUGAGAACCAGAGAAGCUACUAGAAACAAGACCAGACACAUGAAUAUGCCUUUAGCACCCCACUUCUCCAAACCUAUUGUCCCUGAAUUUCCUGUACAGUCCGAACCCGAACCCAUGCAGUUGGGGGUCACUAGACUGUCGGAAGCAGAAAGACAAUAUAGGAGAAAAGAAGGAUUAUGUCUAUACUGCGGUAGGAAGGGUCAUAUGAGAAUCAAUUGUUCCAUAUAUCUGGAAAACUGCCGCACCUAAGCACCUUAAAGGGAAACUCCAGUACCAGGAAAACAAUCAGUUUUCCUGGCACUGCAGGUUCCCUCUCCCUCCCACCUCCCAAUCCCCGCUUGCCGAAGGGGUGAAAAUCCCUUCAGUCACUUACCUGAGGCAGCAACGAUGUCACACGUCGCUGCUUCUUCCUCUGCGCCGCUCUUCCUUCUGACUGCGUCGGCCGGUGGGCGAGACUGAUCCCGUCCACCGGCCGAGGGAGACCUAAUGCGCGGCAAUGCCGCACAUGCUCAUUAGCGCUCCCCAUAGGAAAGCAUUGAAAAUGUAUUUCAGUGGGAAAUGAGCGACGGUGGACGUCCUCACACAGCGUGAGGACUUCCAGUGACGCUCUAGCACAGGUUUCCUGUGCUAGAAACCAGGAAGUGCCCUCUAGUGGCUGUCUAGUAGACAGCCACUAGAGGUGGAGUUAACCCUGCAAGGUAAUUAUUGCAGUUUAUAAAAAACUCCAAUAAUUACACUUGCAGGGUUAAGAGUAGUGGGAGUUGGCACCCAGACCACUCCAAUGGGCAGAAGUGGUUUGGGUGCCUGGAGUGUCCCUUUAAGGGGACAGGUCUUAGGUGUAAUGGAAACGUCCUCUGGAAAGGAUAAAAAUAGGUUUCUCCUUGAUAUUUCUAUUGCCUUUGAAAAUAACUUUUCAUGCAAAGCCCUGAUGGAUUCCGGUGCCGCUGGAAACUUAAUUGACGUUCAAUUUGUUAAAAGUAAUACUAUACCUAUUAAGGAGAGACUAUCACUCCUAGCUGUUGAAGCUAUUGAUGGGAGACCACUCUCACAACCAUUGAUAACGCAUGAAACCUUACCCAUUAAUAUUUCCAUUGGUGCCUUACAUAAGAAACAGAUUACAUUUUAGGUUAUUGCAUCCCCUUCCUGUCCGAUCAUAUUAGGCUUUCCAUGGCUUAACAAGCAUGACCCUCAUAUUGACUGGGCUAAUGGGGAAAUAUUAGAAUAGGGUAAGGAUUGCUAUGAAAGGUGUAUAUUGAAUGUCGCCAAAAGAGUGGGCACUAUUGAAUUAUCCACUAGUACACCUCAAAACCUGGAAAUUUUUAUACAGUACCAAGAUAUUAAAGAAGUAUUCAGCAAAAGUCAGUCGAAUACUCUACCUCCUCACAGACCAUAUGACUGUUCCAUUAAUUUACUAGCCGGCGCUAUGCCACCUAAGGGAGCAGUCUAUGCUCUGUCACCUCAGGAGAGUAGAGUAAUGGAGGAAUAUAUUAAGGAUUCAUUGAAUAAAGGCCACAUACGAAAAUCAUCCUCGCCUGCUGGGGCAGGAUUCUUUUUUGUAUCUAAAAAGGACGGUGAGUUGCGCCCAUGUAUCAAUUACAGGGCAUUGAACAAAAUCACCAUUAAGAACGCCUACCCCAUUCCUCUUAUUGCUGAAUUAUUUGAUAGACUCCAAGGUGCUAAAGUAUUUACUAAGCUUGAUCUUAGAAGUGCUUACAAUUUAGUGAGAAUCAAGGAAAACCAUGAGUGGAAGACUGCAUUUAAUACCAGAAGUGGACACUAUGAAUAUCUAGUGAUGCCAUUCGGGUUGUGCAAUGCUCCAGCGGUUUUCCAAGAUUUCAUAAAUGAUGUACUCAGGGAUUACAUUUACUCGUUUGUCUUGGUCUAUCUGGAUGAUAUCCUUAUUUAUUCUCCUGACAUUCAAACUCACCAUGCUCACGUUAGACAAGUUCUGCAGACCUUGUUAAAGAAUCAACUUUAUUGUAAAUUAGAAAAAUGCAUCUUUGACCAAUCUGAAGUACAGUUUUUGGGAUAUAAUAUCUCUGCCUCGGGGUUUCAGAUGGAUCCUAAAAAGCUGGAAUCGGUUCUACAAUGGCCUUUACCCACUGGGUUGAAAGCCAUUCAAAGGUUCAUUGGUUUUGCCAAUUAUUACAGAAGGUUUAUAAAGGGAUUUUCUUCAGUAAUAGCCCCCAUCACCAAUAAGACACGCAAGGGGGUUAGCAGUACGAUAUGGUCUAAGGAGGCUAUAGAAGCCUUUGAAACUCGCAAACAGCGGUUUGCCUCUGCCGACAUAUUGAUACAUCCUGACAACAGUAAACCUUUCAUACUAGAAGUUGAUGCAUCAGAGACAGGGGUAGGGGCAGUUCUCUCCCAGAGGGAGAGCCAGGAUACUCCAUUGCAUCCUUGUGGUUACUUCUCUAGAAAGUUGUCGCCUGCCGAGCGCAAUUAUGAUAUUGGCAAUAUGGAAUUGUUGGCCAUUAUUCUAGCUCUCAAGGAGUGGCAACAUCUUUUAGAGGGUUCCAAGGACCCCCUUUUGAUCAUUACUGAUCACAAAAACCUGGCUUACAUAGGAGAUGCUAAACGAUUGUCUUCUAGACAAGCUAGGUGGUCUCUGUUUCUUUCUCGCUUUAAUUUUCUUAUUACUUAUAGACCUGGUUCUAAAAAUGUCAAAGGGUGACGCCUUAUCCAGACAGUUUGAUACUGAGUCUAUACAAGAGCAAGAAAAGCCCCAUAUCAUUCCCCAGGAAUGUAUCAUUGCUUCCACUAUCCUUUCAUUGUCCUCUCCGCUGCUUGGUUCCAUCAUGGAGACUCAGUCUCAGGCGCCCUGUGGUAAACCUCAGGACAAAUUGUUCGUUCCAUUGGGGGAAAGGGUUAAUAUCAUGAAGGUGUUUCACGACAAUGUGUCUGCUGGUCACCCAGGUAUUAAUAAAUCCACUUCUGCUAUCAUGAGGUCAUUCUGGUGGGAUUCCCUCAGGAAGGAUGUUAAGGAGUAUGAGCAGGCUUGUUCUGUUUGUGCGGUUUCCAAAUGUGACGAAACGCCUUUUGUCACCGGAUUUUCCCCUGGCUGUUGGAGGAGCCUGAUUGCCAGCCUCUUGCCUCAUGACUAUGGCCCUGGGUUAUUUGGCCCUUCAAGUACAAUAUUUGGGCAUAUUGGAUUUGUAUGGUGCUGCUGCUGGCCCUUUAAAAACCAUCCCUGGACAUAUUAUGACUUUUAGGAACAAUGUCCCUUUAAGACUGUGUAGAUUGCAUUCAGGCGGUCUGCAAUAUUAUAUAUGCUAUUAUGUGUUCGGUAAAUUGGAAAUGUGUAGGUUCAAUGUGAUAAAUGUAACAGUAUGUAUUUUUAUGUCUUUUGUUGUCCUUUGUCUGCCAUGUGGCUAAUGGAGUUUUGCCUCUGUCCUUGGAGAUAAUUGCAUUACUUCUCAAUUAUCUCCAGAAUAGAAGACUCUGAAACCAGUUUGGGCCAGAUAUCCAUGCUGCCAGCCAGGCCCCAAAAGAUACUUGUGCUAACUUCUGAACCCCUGGUCUGAUUCAGGCCAUUUUUUAAUAUGUUGUUCCCCUGAAUGGAUUGAUUGUGAAUAUGUAGUUUUAUGUGAAUGUGAUGUAUAGUUUUAGAGUUAUGAAAGUUGGGUAAAAAGUGUGUUUUAAAAUGUAUGGAUAAUUGGGUUACCUCUCAGGCUAAGGGGAGGAGAUGUGUGGGAUGUAACCAUUGUGUGAUUGGUUGUACUGUGUCCCACCCAGUGGGAUGUCCCCUUGCAUGGGGACCUGCAUAAAAGAAGGUUCUUUGUGUGCCAAUAAACAGAUCAUCUUGUACCUUCAUGAAGUUUCGGCUCAUGUUUGGGGGAUUGGAGAAACUACACUCUGGGGAUUGCUAUAAUCACUAUACUCCCCAGGGUAUAAUCACUAAGCUCUGCUAAGAGCUUGUUCCUGUUCCUGCUCUCUGGAAUUCGGAGAGAGGUCGACCUGCUGGAAGCUGGACCCUGGUCCUGGGUCCAGAGUGGGUGGAGACGGUGAGAUCCCAACCAAGCUGCGGCGGUUCGUGGGGUCUGCAGUGGUUAUGGUGUCAGGCAGAGUGCUUGGAGUCCUCGGAAAGCACUAGGAGCAUCCGUCGGCGGAAGGUACCUGGUCGGGGUGCCAGCGGUUCCGUUACACCAAAGUACCUCAUAAACUCCCUUGUGGCUUGUUACAACCUCUUCCCGUUCCUGAGGUCCCAUGGUCCCACUUGUCUAUGGAUUUCAUUGUAGAACUUCCUAGUUCUAAUGGUUAUACCACUAUUCUCAUGGUUGUUGACCGUUUUUAUAAAAUGGCUUACUUCAUCCCUCUCAAGAAAUUACCGUCAUCUCAAGACCUGGUACUGAUCUUUAUACGUGAGAUUGUCCGUCUGCAUGGCAUUCCUCACAAUAUUGUAUCUAAUAGAGGUUCUCAGUUUGUAUCCAAGUUUUGGAGGGCUUUCAAUAAGCAAUUGGGGAUUGAAUGGUCUUUUUCAUCCUCUUACCACCCCCAGACUAAUGGUACAGCUGAGAGGGCUAACCAGUCUUUGGAGUUAUACUUGCGUUGUUUCGUUAAUAGCACUCAAGACAAUUGGUCCGAAUUAUUACCAUGGGCCGAGUUUGCUAUGAACAAUGCUGACCAUGACUCCUCUGGGCAUAGUCCAUUUUUUGUUAAUAAUGGCCGGCAUCCUACUGUCCUACCGGCUGUUUUUUCUGACACGGCUAUUCCUGCUUUGGAUGACCGUUUGGCUUCCAUCCGUGAUACCUGGGUUAAAGUUCAAUCUGCUCUGGGUACUGCUGCUGACCGUUUCAAGCAUUUUGCUGAUAAACGUCGAGGUGCCAACCCUGUUUACCAAGUGGGUGAGAGGGUUUGGUUAUCUUCUCGUAACAUCAGGCUCAAAGUCCCUAGCAUGAAAUUUGCUCCUAGGUUCCUUGGACCUUUUCGUGUCCUUCGUAGGAUCAAUCUCCUGACAACCCUGAUCUGGGUGACCAACUGUCAGGGCCAUUUCUGUUCUGUUCUGUUGUCUGACCUUGGCUUCUGGUAUCCAGUAUUCUUUUUACAAUUCUUGUUUAGUUUUUCUUGGUUUUUCUGGUUUUCUAUUCUGUGUCUGGUUUUCUUUAUGCUGGGUUUUCUGAGUUCAUUCCUUUAUUCCGUUCCUGGAAUUCCAAGUCUCCUGGAUUCCUUUAUAUGUUUGUUUUAUGUUGCCACACCGUUUCCUUUUCCAUUAAUCCUUUUGUUUCAGUUGGUUCCUGCAGGCAGUUGUUUCAUGUCCUCUGCCCCUUUCUUUGCAGGUAAGUACUGUGUGUGUUUUUCUGUUGUUUAUUUAGUCAUGCAUAUCUAGGCAGUUAGGACACACCAUACUUGGAGUUCUUUGGCACAGAGUUGGGCUGCAUACAUCUUAGCCAUUUAUGUAUGUCUAAAUCGCCAGUGUUUUACAAAUAUAGUACUUAGUUAUGUCUCCUCUUAUUUUGCCUUAUAUCUCUUGUCUCUGGUUCUGGGGUCUUACUAGUUUUGUCUUGUUUUCUUGUUUGGUGCCUAUUCUAGUCUUAUCUUGUUUCUAGUACUGGAUACAUAUCAGCAAUUCAUCUGCUCUGGCUUCCGCUAAGCUGCAUCAGGGUCUUGGUAAGUGGCCACACAAAUGCUGGUACUCAACACCAGGGUGUGUGGUUACCCUGCGCCAGGCCCUACUUAGCCACUUCCACGCUGAAGACUCCUCUCAUCAUCUACAUCAAGCACAGGCGGUUCUUCGGACCGCCACCCUGACACCAACAUGUCCCAAAAUCACCCAGAUCAGUUCAGGGGUUCAGGAAUUUCCUGAAAGUCACAUUUUAACCGACCGUAAGCUUGGUCCCAUGCCCAAAACAGUUCCAGAGAAUCAGGCUGUGCGGUCAGUCUACUUCGAGGAUUCAUACAACAGUUAAAAUAUCGAACAUGAGAGUUCAUAUUGGCACUUGUGUCAAUGUCUAUGUGAGUAGCUUCUGUAUGUUUGUUUGUUUGUUUUAAAAAAAAUCUUUUUCGCUUAACCCUUAAUGAAAAUAUUAUGCAUUGUUGGGAACAGUGUUUUCAACACAUGGUUAGUUUUAUAGUUUGCAGGUUAGCUUUGUAGAUUAACUUUAGGUGUGGGGCUUGAAUAGUUUUGCUUAGUUAUGGUAAUUUGUAUUUGUAUUGGGCUUUGGAGAAGAGGUUAGAGUUGAUAGAUAGCUGCUGGAUCCAAGGAGAUACCUGACUGCCAUUUUGGGGUCAAGAAGGAUUUUUUUCCUAGUUUGUUGCAAAAUUGGAAGCACUUCAGACUGGGUUUUUUGCCUUCUAUGGAUCAACUGCAAAAACAUUUGUGAGGAAGGCUGAACUUGAUGGACGCAAGAUGCUUUUCAGCAAUGUAACUAUGUAAUAUGUUGCUGGUUCAGGAGCUUAUUCCCGCCGAAUAGCCAAACAUCCAUGGAAGGUAUGUGUCCAGCGGUGUUCACGCCAUCGAGUGUCCGAUUUGAGUUCCAUGCACUUGACUCAUUGUGAUCCCGGCUUAAGAUGGCUGCUGCCACGUGUUCGAAUGCCGCUUCGAACCGCUUCAAGAGUUUGGGAGUUCGAAGUGCCACUUCGAACCACUUCGGAAGUUCAAAGUGUUACUGUACAAGUCCAAAAAUGCACAAACAGCGGUUUUAACCAAGGUUUAUCACAGGGGCCAUUGUCACACGGUAGGAGGCUGGCAAACAGGCCCCUCCAAGAACCCAUGGCAAAGUUACUUUUUCCACAAACUCUAACUCUAAUUGUUCACAAAUUCAUAUGUGCUUGCUUUGCCCAUCAGCUGGGACCAGGGUAACCAGUCACAAGAUUAAUUAAUGUAUCACUGAUUGGCAGUGACAAAUAGAUCACUAUGGUUUUGUUUUAUCCUCUCCUGAGGGACUCAUGGAAAUCCACCUCCUAAUAUUGGUGGCCUGGCAGCCUCCUGGCAGACAUGCCAUACCUAGAUUGAGUACCUAGCUCGAGACUUUUAAUUAUGUAAGUUUUCUUACUCUCUCAGGAUCUCUCCGUAUCUUCUUAUCUCUAAUUUCCCACUCCCUCUCAAUUACUAACCCUCUUCUCUUUGGAUUUAUCCCCUCUUCUAACCCCCUCUCCACUUCUCGCAUCAUUAAUAGAAUUUCAGCCAUAUGUCCCUUAUCUCCUCUUUGUCCAUAUGAUCCACAUUCGAGGGUUGAAUGUACCAGAGUGUUGGGUGAGGCUCCUUUGAGAGCUAUGGUUGUCCUGCCUAGCAGUUACCCUGAUCCAGGAGAACCACUUCCGACAGGGAUCCAUGUCGAUGCUGUGGGAUAGUAGAUACACUUCUGGGUUCUUUGUUCUCAUGUCACCUCGGACAAGUCGGUGUGGUAUCUUUUUUAUGUCCAUGCCUUUUACCCUGCUGGUUCAGAAAAUUGACCCGCAAGGUUGGUACCUUUUCAGCAGGGAGCACAUCGAUUCUCAUAUACACCUUUGCCAUAAUUUAUUCACCCAACACACAUCAACACAUCUUCGUAACGUCUGCUUUGAAAAUUUUAACUGAUUUUACUUCAGUAGUCAUACUCAAAGGAGAUCUGAAUGUCCCUUUGGAGUCAUCAAGGGACACAUUGCAUGGCUCUAACAUGGUUCCAUACUACAGCAUUUGUAAUAUCCAUACAGCCCUGGCAUGCUUUCAUCUGGUCAAUUGUUGGAGAGCUUUGCAUCUGGAGGGGAAAGAUUACAAAUACUAAUGGCACAUAUUCCAGGAUCAAUUAUAUAUUACUGGCUCAGGAACAUCCUCCCUCUACUACAGAACACAGAUAUUGGGGUGGCUUCAAGGUCGGAUCACUCUCUAGUUAUGCUUUUAAUGCGGGCUCCGCUGUUUCGGCGGCUGAAAGACUCUGGAGACUUAAGGAAUUGGUUUUGUUGGACUGGGAUAUCUCUGUUACAGUCCACGCGGCACUCACCACCUAUUUCAAAGAGAAUGUCAAACCUAAAGCCUCUCCAGUUACUAUAAGAAGAUCAUAAGAGCAUAAUCUGUGGACAAUUUAUCUCACUCUGCACAUAGUGGAAAAGGGUCCAAUCUGAUCAAAUGAAACGAUAACAACAUUUGAGACUCGGCACAAACAAAUAUUAUCUGACACUAACUUCCGAGACCUGUUACUUGCAAGAAAAUAAUUUAUGUUGAUGGAGACACAUUAUCUAUCCAAUUAGCAGUCACAUAAGAUCUUCUCUGAAUGCUUGAAUAAAUUUUGCUGAUUACAUGCAUGAAUGCUGAGGAAAAGACAAAAUGUUUUGCAUAUAAGCAACAUCAAGUGUUGGACCAGGGGUUUUUCCCCCUUUCCAAAGGCCACUUCAUUCCAUAAGUUUUACACCACUCUUUAUAACAUUCAUUUGGAGAAGUCUCCUGGGCAUUCUGAAACCUCACAAGCCACAUAGCAAACUGAUUGGAUCCUGAGGUGGCAUCCCGUAUGGAUGCCGAGAUCACGCUGGAUGAAGUUCAGGAGGCCAUCAAGAUGUCCAACACGGGGAGGACUCCGGUACCGGAUAGCUUUUCCCUUAAGUACUACAAGGAAUUUGGAGAAGUACUGCUGCCACACAUGCUGGUCACUUUUAAUGCUUUGGCUGAACAGGGGUGGCAAAGUAACAAAUCCCUAGCGGCAUAUAUUCUGGUGCUCCCCAAGGAGGGGAAGGACCCAGAGUGCUGCUCCAGUUACAGACCCAUCUCUCUGCUAGUACACUAGUCAACCAUGAUCAAAGUGGAUUUAUCCCUUGUAGGGAGACAAAAGAUAACACUAUCCGGCUUCUUAAUCUCACCCACCUUGCACAAUCAAUGAAGAGGCUGAUGAUCAUCCUCUCUACUGAUUUUGAGUACUUUGGUCUACUGAUUUCAACUUUGAUCAGGUGGAAUGGUGGUUAAUGUUCCUCACACGCUGGGAGACGGGCUUUGGGGAGAAACUGUGUUAAUGGAUAAAAGCUAGGGAUGCACCGAAAUUUCGGCGGACCUAUUCCAUUUCGGCCGAAAAGGCUCAAAUCUGCCAAAAAUCAUUGGGAUUCUUCACCCAGUAGUUACCAAGCCGCCUUGGAACCGCUGCAAAUGUCCGAGUCCUGUGCUCUGUCCUGUCUGUGACCGGACCGUGCACCGCUGCUGCGCUUCUUUGUACCCGGAAGUGCUGUAUGAGCAGUGGGGUAGCCUGUUGCAAAUAUAUAUCCACACCACGAGCAGUAUGUAAAUUAAUUUAUUAAUUAUAUUCUGCCCGUGCCAAUAUGCCCAAAGUCCUUUGUCCAAGUCCCUAGUCCCCUUAUGCAUUUCUAAAUCUGCUGACAGAUUUCAAAAUGAGGGACAGAUCCUUGGGAGUUAUAAUUUGAAUAGCAUUGGAAUUGGAAUUUAAAUAGCAUAAACAAAUCAUUAGUUAAAGGGAUAAUAAAUAUAUAUCCUAAAUUAAUUCAUCUAAAGUAAGCUUGGCUAUUUUAUUGUCAUUCUUGUCAUUCACUUCUCAGUUUGCUAUUUACUAAGGACCAAAUGCAGGGCAGAUUAACAAAAUUAGGUUAAAAAAAAAAAGUUCAUAUUUACUAGUUGCAAAACCUGUUGAAAUAUACAGGGUUAUUCACUAAAGGGAGAAUUAAAAGUGAAUUUCAAUUAAUUUAAGGCCAGAGUAGCUGAAUGGAAAGCAUAAGCUAACUCAGAAUUUUUCUAGUUUGGCUAUUUUCAUCAUAUACUUGAAAUUCACACAAUUGUAUUCCUAGCAUUAUGGUACCCCCCAUAAGCUCAUUGAGAAGCCUCUGAUUUGACCUUCUUACCGUCUCAGAGCGCAGGGGAGUGGGAGGGAUGAUUGGGAAAAACAAUUAGCAGAGGGUAUAGGGAAGUGGAAGGGACUUAAAGAGGGAGGGGCUACACGAUGUUCACCCUUGCAGGCUCAGUUUGCAGAGGUGAAGCUAAUCACAUCAGUUGCAACUUGCCAGUGUGCAGUGCACACUGAAGACGGACUUUAAUUAUGGACCAGAUCAGCCUAAUGCUCAUAUUUUAAAGGUCUUUUACCCCAUCAAUUCAGUUUAAGUUUAAACUAGCAGCUUUGAGUCUCACUGUGUGUAUAAUAUCUAUGUAUAUUUUUAUAAGUAAAUAAUAAAAAAAAGUAAAUUUUUAAGUUAGUCACUUUCCUUUUUUUUCUUUUUUAAUCUAUAGCUGAGACAUAGUUUGGAAAUAUUUCAAAGUUUCUGAUAAAGACAUCAAAUGUGCAGUCUUUGUUCAGCUGAAAUUUCGAGAGGGGGUACAGUGUAGAGGCACUUUUCCUAAACAGGGUUGAUACACCACCUGAAAACACGAUAUCCAAUUCAGCAUGAAGAGUACAGAAAAGUAACAAUGCUUAAACGUACCCCAACUACUACUACUAGCUCACUAACAGAGAAAAUAAUGGAAUUUAUUGCUUUAGAUGGCCAACCAUUCUCUAUUGUGGAAUACAUUGGAUUUCAUAAGCUCAUACAAAACAUUGAGCCUCAUUACACACUGCCAAGCAGACGCUAUUUUGCAGAAACCUGUCUACCUGAUAUGUUUGACAGUGUUUCAAAACACAUUCAUGAGCUCAUGACCACAGACAUCCCAGCUAUAAGUUUUACCACUGACAUUUGGAGCUCAGUCCAACUAGCAUGCUCAUGGAGUGUCUGGCCAUUGAUACAAUGAUGGCAGUAGCGGAUGAAGGUGUACGCUUCCAUCCAACUGACAUGCUCUUGAAUCAUACUAAACUUCCAGUGUCCGAAUGUAAGAAAUCCUUGUUGGACCACUUAUUAAUGGUGGGCCACUCUCUGAUUCGGCCAAUUGGCAACACCUGGAUCCUCUAUCAUUCCAUUCCUGGCUUGAGUGUGUUAAGGAGAUGCGUCAAUGCAAGGAAAGCACCAUAAUGCUGAAGGGGUACACUGAUCGAUACAAGGAUGUGUGGAGGUUGUGGCAGUACUACAUCAGUACAAAUGCAUAGUGAGCCAUGUGAGCAGAGAGUACCGAGGUGCGUGUUAUGAGUACCAGGGUUUUGCCCCUGAUUCUGCCAACCAUAACCCUUCUCUUCCUGCUUCCUUCCCUAUUUCCAUCCCUCCAUUCUCCGCAAUCCUAUUUUUUUCUCCUCUCUUUCCUCUACCCUCUCUUUCUCUCAUGCCUUAUGAACUUCUCUUAUCUCAUAUGCUGACUGUCUUUUGAACAGUAGUGACUCUCAACCCAACACUGAUUCUCCAGGAUGUUACACACAUAACUUGAGGAAUAAAUUACACAAAGAGGGUCUCCUCACAGCUGUUGGGCCAAAGUUGGGUGAAAAGUUCAGCUGUACGUAGGUUGACUUUCUGUUGCAUUGAGUGAUAUUGUUAUAAUACGCCCAAAUGUUUACACCUCUCAUGAAAGAGCCCCAAUUUUUACUCCUAUCCUGAGCACAUGUUAUUACCGUUACAACUACUCUGUCUACUGUCACUCUACCAUGUUGAAAACAAUCUUAAUUAAAGAUUGUAAAAAAAUUAAAUAUAUAUAACAUGUAAAGAUUAUCCUUGCAGAACAUACAUACUUUGAAGUGGUACAACUGUUUCAAAAAUAGAUAUUUUUUUUUCUUUCAUUUCAGAAAUUUGUAACGAUGAAGGAACUUAUGAUUUCAAAACCAUUGUAGAUGAUGGAGAGCCUGUUUAUGUCACCUGUCCUUUGAUACCUGACCCAAUAGAAAAUAAUUUUAAUAUUUCCUGGUAUAGAAAUGGCUCCCAAAUUCAAAUCAGUUUUGAUAAUAAGUUAAGAGUUCAUCAAGAUGAAUACAAUCUCAAGUUUAUUCCUGCAAGUCUGGAAGAUUCAGAUUAUUAUAUGUGCAUUAUCAGGUAAAUUUAUAAAUUUCAUCACUGUCCAUCUAAAGUCACAUCGCCCA